ACUUUGAGGGCGUUAAAUUGCAAAAUGAAGUCUGUGCUGAUAGUGACUCUGCUUCUAGGAUCUUCCUUUAUUUGGGCCGAUGCUGUUAUAUUUGAGAAGAACUGUAUCAAACCAGAUGAGUCCUACACUUUCGACGAAGAUCGGUUUAUCGGCAAGUGGUACGAGAUUCGACGUUUUUACGAUGCUAAUCAGGCGGACCAGGAGGAUUGUGUGCAGGAAGUCUACACGCGAUCGAAGAACAUGAUCGAUCUGGAUAUCGUUCGUUCGGUGCAAAUCGGCCAGAGUGGACUGCCGCAAUACUCCAGUGGGAUUGCCUCGCCGAAGGUGUUCGGGAACUCUCGGGUGCCGCAGUUCUAUUUGCGCUACAAUACCACUAGCCCGGCUGAUCCUGCUUUGCUCAACAAGUACCCAAAUUGA